AACCAUUUCACCUUCACUUAGCUGGUUCUCACUCCUCGCUCUCUCUCUCUCUCUAUAAAGAACGAAAACCCCAAAGAAGCUGCCUUUGUUAAUUUGCCCCCUGCCUCUUUCUCUCUCUCCUCUUCAACUCCUCGUCUUUCCAGGCAGCUUCUCCCGCAUAAAUCUUCUCCCAGAGCCCAAGUCCAAACUUUCCUUCUUGACUCUGUCUCUCCACUUUUUCCACCUCCAGAGGCUCAAUCUCUCUCGCUCGCUCUCUCUCUCUCUCUCUCUUUCUCUAGCGUCCAGUUUCUCGUCCCUCUCAAGAACCCACGAGAAAAAAAAUGCCUGCUUGGUGGUCGAGGAAAUCCAACAAGACCCGAGAGGACGCCCCCACCCACCACCCAAGUCCCGCCAAAUCGUCCAUCAAGAGCGACGCCAAGAGGAAGCCCAACAGCUUCGACGACGUCGUCUCCUCGAGGAAUUCGCCGCGGAACAGCAGGGAUUUCGGGGGGACCGCCGGCGGGCCGGCUGGCGAGUUCGCGGGCUUCGAUUCGGAUCGGGGCCUCCCCUUGCCUCGGCCCUCGGUCUCGUCCGUUCAAGAUCCCUUGAAUGGGUCGGUCUCCGUCUCGAGCGUGAGCUCGUCCGGCUCGUCCGAUGAUCACCAGUUGGUCAAUGGUCAUGCCCAAUUGGGAGUCCAGAGGGGACUUAGUGAUGCAAAGUGCACUGCAAGGCCAAGGAGCCCCGGUCCUUGUUCGAGGGGGCCCACAAGCCCCACAUCGCCUCUUCAUACGCGCUUGUCAGGUUUCAGUCUUGAUUCUCCACAAUCAGGAAGGCAUGACGAUAGUAGGAGCCAAUGCCAUCCACUGCCUCUUCCCCCGGGUUCUCCUACAAGCCCUUCUUCAUUGCCCAACAACAGAAACAGUGGGGCGCCUGAAAGCCCGACUUUUACCCUUUCAAAAUGGAAGAAGGGAAGACUUCUGGGAAGAGGAACUUUUGGUCAGGUUUACCUUGGAUUCAACAGUGAAGGAGGGAAAAUGUGUGCCAUAAAGGAAGUUAGGAUUGCUUCAGAUGAUCAGACAUUAAAAGAGAGUUUUAAGCAGCUUAAUCAGGAGAUAAACUUGCUUAGUCAACUUCGUCAUCCAAAUAUCGUGCGAUACUUUGGAAGUGAAUUGGGAGAAGAUACACUCUCAGUUUAUCUUGAGUAUGUAUCUGGUGGUUCAAUCCACAAAUUACUCCAGGAGUAUGGUGCGUUUGAGGAACCUGUUAUUCAAAAUUAUACUAGGCAGAUUACUUCUGGCCUUGCCUACUUGCAUGGAAGAAAUGUGGUGCACAGGGACAUUAAAGGCGCAAAUAUUUUAGUUGAUCCCAAUGGUGAGAUCAAAUUGGUGGACUUUGGCAUGGCGAAGCAUAUAACAUCUUGCCAAUCAAUGCUUUCUUUCAAGGGUAGCCCUUACUGGAUGGCACCUGAGGUUGUGAUGAACACGAAUGGCUACAAUUUGGCUGUCGAUUUGUGGAGCCUGGGAUGUACUGUUCUUGAAAUGGCAACAUCAAAGCCGCCUUGGAGUCAGUAUGAAGGGGUGGCUGCCAUUUUCAAAAUUGGAAAUAGCAAAGAUAUGCCUGAAAUUCCCGAUCACCUUUCUAAUGAUGCCAAAAGUUUCAUAAGGCUGUGUCUGCAGCGCGAACCAUCGGCCCGCCCCACAGCUGCACAGCUACUUGACCAUCCUUUUAUUCGGGACCUCGCAACAUCAAGGGUAUCUAACAUUAGCAUAACCAGAAAUGCCUUCCCUUCAGUGUUUGAGGGGACCCGCACUCCGCCAGCACUGGAUCUCCAUCCCAACAGAGGAAGCGUGACUCCAGGAAGUAUGACUCCUCCUGAAGUGGACUACCCGAGACAGCCAGUUGGAAUGGUCUCUCUCCCCAACAGAGGAAGUGUGACUCCAGGAAGUAUGACUCCUCCUGAAGUGGACUACACUAGAAAGCCAGCAGGAAUGCUUUCUCCCUCGCGAGGCUUGAGAAGCCCAAGCAGGAAUGAUGUGAGAAUGAUAACGUCUUUACCUGUGUCCCCAAGUUCAAGCCCAUUGCGUCAUUUUGGAAAUGCACACAGGAGUGGUUUUCUCUCUCCUCCUCACCCUGCUUAUGCUCCUGCUGGACAGAGUGCAUACACCUUGAACGACUACUCCAUAUAUCCCACAAGACCAAACACAAGACAGCCGCUGGAUCCUUGGCACGAAACAGCUCUUUUCAGUUCUCGGACGCCCAGUGGAUCCCCGAGAAGGGCACUUAUUUGAUGUAAAUAGCAAACUGAAACUGUAGGUCCUUUUUCAAUCGUCACAGGAGAGGAACAAGUAAGCUCUAUGAUGUAUUUAGAGAGUAUAGCAAUGCGUCCCUUCGGACGAAGUGGGGGGGAUUUCUCCGGCUGGUUCUACAAGAGCUUAAAAGAAACAAGUUGAAAAGAGGCUCUUCAUGGAUAAUGGUGGAACUUGAAAUUUCUCACUUGUGCAACAAGCUCCUCCUUGCAUAUAAUAAAGGGUGAUGGAAUGGAACUUUGCGAUGAGGAAAGUACUGUAGUUUGAAUCCUGUAACAAUUUGUUGAUUGUUGUAACUCAAAAAGGCGAUACCUGUGUUUGUAACAUUCUUGUUUAUAGUUUUGGAAGUUAUAAGAUCACUACCCAAACUGUUGUCAGCCUGAUGAAAAGAAGAGGAUUUGGCCCUUUGGUGCUUCCCUUUCUGUCUGCU